AUGUUUAAGCUUGACAAAAACGGUGACUGUACUGGAAUCGCUGAAUACAUCCCAGGUCUUACCGAAAUCGUCCACACGGUAUGGUAUGGAACCGUUUUCCGUUUCUAUAUCAGAAAUAUCAUGACCGUAUUCCUGCCGUUCUUCCUGCUCGCCUAUCUGAACUAUCGUAUUGUGCGAACCCUACGAAAUCAACAACGAUCAGCUCAGAUGUUUCGACUAUCGAGUGAUCACAAGAGCAAAAUUCGUUCGGCCACUCGGCUGCUGGUGCUUAUCGUUUGCUCGUACCUUCUUGCCAAUGUUCUCAAUGUCCUGAUCACCCUUUGGGAAUAUGUAGCUUUUCAAUCAACCCAAACUCAGGAGGCCUAUGUGAUUUACGAAGCUUGCACCGACGUGAUUUCAGUUCUCUACGUGCUGGUCUGUGCAACCCGAUUAUUUGUUUAUAUUUCUUGUAACAAAGAAAUUAGAGACGCUAUGCUGACUCAACUCUGUCCAAAUGGAUCGCAUAGGGAAAAAAAUAAACAUUGUAAUACCUCAAAGUCGUGCUUAACUGGAGGACAGCACUCUCAUCAAAUUGGCACUGAUGUAGAUUCGAUUGCAAUUGCUAUCGCACGACGCCUGAUCCGUAAUGAAGAGGUCGCCAACAACGUCGAGGAGGAUAUCGCCCAGAACAGCCCUCUUCAGUCAAUUGUCUAUGCGAAUGAUCACAGACGUACCAGCGAAAUUCUCUGA